GUCAGUGUGGUUCUGCCUGUAUAGCGGAGCACAGAGGACCGGAUCUGCACCAUGGAGCGCAAACUGAGAACAACACAAAGGAUUUACAUUUGCAGUGCAACAGGAUGACACUUUAAUAUGUGUGCAAGCAGUCAACAAUAUAUAAUAAUAAUAAUAAAAAAAAACAGACAAUCAAAAUGUUUCUUAGAGCAAGUCACGCAUCCAUCUGUGAGGUUGUAGACGCGCGUGCUGGAGGAUGCACGUUUGCAUAACCAAACCCGUUUAGGAUGCUCGCGCUGAUCAACAGGAUUUAAGAGCGAGUUUUCUGCGCGGACGCGGUCAUGGGUGUGCUGCUGAUCUGCCUCCUUUUGCACGCGGGACUGGCGCGCGCCACGCACGACGGCUAUGUGGAGUGGUCGGACGGCGGCGACGACGACGACGAAGAGGCCACAGCUGCUACCGCCGAAAUCGGCGCGAGGCAACACCGAGUCCGUGGCACGGAGCGCGGGGCUUCGGCUGGGGCUGGGGCGGAGGAGCUGCCGCGCGUGGUGGCCGCCUUCCUCCACACGGGCGACGCGUCCGCGCUUGCGCACGUGAACUGCUCGCGCCGUUACGAGCUCAGCAGCCUCGGUUCUGCUGCACCGGCCCCACCAGUCACUUCCUCACAUUCCGUUCACGCUGCGCUGGACGCCGUGUCGCGCGCCACCGACUUCCUAAACGCGCUGGCGCGAGAAACGCAGCAAGAUAAGCAGCAGCAGAAGGCGUGGUAUCGUGCGCUGGUUCGGAGCCUGCUGGACCGCGAGCCAAAGAUCCAUCGCGCCACGCUCGCCCUCCACACCGAGCAGCUCCACCUCCAAGCCACGAGGAUGGGCGGACACGUGGAGCUGCAAGACCUUUCAGGUGAGGAGUCGGAGUCUAACCGCCAGGUCCAGCAGAGAACCCGGACGAUAACGCAGGCUCGAAGCUCCCAGAGCACACAAGGUCAAGUGCAGUGGUCUGCGCCAUACCUGGAGUGCGAGCAUGGGCGCUUCAUCCCGCACUGGCUUCUAACACUGUCGGUGAAAGUGUUUGGUCUGAACACGGGCACAGAGCCAGAGACCAGGGGUGUGGUAAGGGUUGACGUCAGUCUGCAAGACGUGGACAUUGAUCAGUGCUCCAGCUCUGGCUGGUUCUCCGGGACUCACCGCUGCAAUCUGACCAGCAUGGAGUGUAAAGCGAUUCCAGGCCACGGCUUCGUGUUGGACAAGUACAAGUGCCAGUGCAGGAGGGGGUUUUACCAACACAGCCGAGUUGCACUCAACGGCUUCUCCAAAGCGCAGGGGGAUGGUGUCGAACCCACGGACAUGUCGGCUCGCUGUCUGCCCUGUCAGGACGGCUGCGUCUUCUGUCGGGACGAUACGCCGUGUCUGGCUCAGGAAGACAGCGUCCUCCGUCUCGCCGUCGUCUCCUUCCAGAGCCUGUGCGUGCUGCUCGACUGCGUCUGCAUGACCGUGGUGUACCGCUUCCGCCGCAACAAGAGAAUCAAAUCGUCUGGAUUUCUUCUCCUGGAGGCGAUCCUGUCAGGUUCCACGCUCCUCUACCUUCCUGUGAUGAUACUUUACUUUCAACCGAACGUACUGCACUGCAUUCUGCUGAGAUGGGCUCGCCUGCUGGGUUUCGCUACGGUGUACGGAACACUGAUCCUCAAGCUCUUCCGGGUGUUGAAGGUGUUCUUGUCCCGUACGGCCCAACGGAUCCCCUACAUGACCAGCUGCCGUGUCCUGCGUUUGCUGGGCGCCAUUUUGCUUGUCGUGCUUUGGUUCCUGGUGGCCUGGACCUCGGUCGUGUGUCAGAGCCACGAUGCCCAUCACGGCCUUGUCGAAGAAGGUGUGACACUCGAGGGUCUUCAGUUCAGCAUGUGCAAGCUCGACCGCUGGGACUACAUGAUGGCUGUUGCCGAGCUUCUCUUUCUGCUGUGGGGAGUCUACCUGUGCUACGCCGUUCGGACCGUCCCCUCCGCCUUUCACGAGCCACGCUACAUGGCAGUCGCCAUCUAUAACGAACUCCUCAUCUCGGCCAUAUUUCACAUCAUCAGGUUCACCCUGGCUCCUGGACUCCACCCUGACUGGAUGUUGAUGUUAUGUUUUGUUCAUACACAUUUGACGGUGACGGUGACUCUGGGAUUGCUGCUCGUCCCAAAGUUUGUGUUCACCGGUGCUCACAGGCAGGACGACAUCGCCACAGAAGCCUACGAGGACGAGCUGGAUAUGGGCCGAUCCGGCUCCUACUUGAACAGCAGCAUAACUUCAGCCUGGAGCGAGCACAGUUUGGACCCUGAAGACAUAAGGGAGGAGCUAAAGAAGCUCUAUGGCCAACUAGAGGUCUAUAAGCAAAAAAAGAUGAUGGCGAAUAACCCUCAUCUCCAGAAAAAACGCAACUCCAAAAAAGGCAUCGGACGUUCGCUUAUGCGUCGCAUCACAGAAAUACCCGAGACGGUGAGCCGACAGUACAGCCGGGAAGACAGGGAUGGAAGUGAACAUGGCAGCAAUCGCAGUACCCUACGUAGAAACCCAUUUGAAUCUUCCCAUGGUGGAAAAUCCAGAGAGGACUCUCUAAAGAGUAAAGUGUUCUCCUUGAAACGGUCCCAUAGCUAUGACCAUACACAUGACCAGACUGGGAAUGCAAAUGGUGUUCCAGCUGAUAAAAUGGACAACUCUACAACUGAGCUAUCUCUGCUGGACACCUUAAUGGGGAGAAGGUCUGCAAAGAAAAAUCCAGAGGCACAAAAGGUCAAACCUGCAGAAUCUACAGAGUCUGUGCCACUUGUGUGCAAGUCCAUCAGCGCACACAAUCUUGCAGCAGACAAGAAGCCUAUGCAUCUACGUUCCUCAAUGAUACAGAAGUCUCUGAGCGUCAUAGCCAGUGCCAGAGAGAGAACCCUGGGGCUUGCAGGGAAGACCCAUAGUGUUGAGGAUGCAAGUAAGAAAGGCCUCAAGGCUAAAGAAACAAGGAUGCUUUCAGAAGUCGAAGAAUCUCCUGAAUGCUUCCCAAAGAUGAUCAUCAGCCAAUCAGUAGAGUACAGCAAGACCCCAAGCAAAAUGGGCAUCAUGAAGCAACAAGUGAGCGGAAGUCAACCUUCAAUUUGCUCUGAACCAGGGAGAAGCAAGGACCUUUAUGACCUUUCCGAGGUUUGCCCCUGGGAAAUGGAAGAUUUGCCCAGUCUGUCAGAGGGGAAAGCUCAAAAGCAUGUUUCCAUAGCACCGGAUGAGACUACUACGAUUCACGAGAGCAUCUCUAAAAGUGGAAAGUCUCAUCAUAAACAAAGGAUGGUCUUUCCAUCUCCAUCGAAUCGACGUCGUUCCAAAGAUAAGGGUGGUAACAGGGAGGAAGGGAGCGACAAAAAUGAUGGGCGGAGACCCAAAACACCACUUAACCUGUAUGCCUCCAAAACAGAAGUCUGCCCUUGGGAAUUUGAGGAUUCAUCUGUCAAAGGAGUUGAGACCCUUGACAGGACUAGCCGAAAGAAAAGUGCCACUCCGACAGAUGGAAAGCCCAAGAUUAUCCUCUCAGACAUCUCCAAAUCCACUGGAAGCCUUCUGCAGCCUCCAGCCCUUAUGAUGGACAUUUGUCCAUGGGACUAUGACCAAUCACCAUCUCCUAACCAGGACAAGACCUCAAGCCCCACACAUCAUUCAAAGAGAAGGGACUCAAAUCCAAAAAGGAAAGGUUCUUGCUCGUCAAAAGGGAAGGGGAAGGACAGAGACGAUGACAACCAAAGAUCCAAAAGCAGGGAGAGGCGAAGCUCUUCCAGUAAACCUUCUGAGAAACGGCGUGUCAGCCAGACAUCAGAGAGCGGCCAGUUUACUGUGAUAGCAUCUGGUAGAAGGAGAAGCUCGACAAAAGAGGCUGGAAUCACUGACAGUAAACGUGCUGAAGUAUGCCCUUGGGAAACAGAAUGUAUGCCAAGUGUCACUACAAAAGAUGGAGACAUCCACACAACAUCUCAAACAACUGCAUCAGCCGCUAGUAAACUCAGCAUGCCUGAGGUCUGCCCAAGGGAUUUCGAAGACAAGACAUUAGAGAACCAUUCAUAAUCAGAAUCAGGUUACCCAGUAUAAAUAACCCAAGACAGUGGUGGAACCUCCUUCCUACAACAUUGCAAUACAAUGGUUUUGAAACCACUUUUAAGACAAGAGUGUUUUCACAAAUACAGUAUUUAGUCAGUUUGAAUGAAAUCUUUGGUGAGAACACAUUUGAGCAAUCAAGCUCAGGCCUCAGUGUGUCAUAGUGAAGUGAUCUCUGUAUUGCUUUAACAAGUGCAUCCUAGUAAGAAAGUGAUCAAGCUCUAACAAAAAAAAACACUAGAUGUGAUACACAGAGUGUUUAUCUAGUUUAUCUAGUAAACUAGUUUUUUGUUCUCCGUACUUGGGUGAUACCUGUGAUAUCUAAAGGUCUGUUUACAUUUUUUCCCAAACUGUAUUUCUGGGCAAGGAGUGAAAGAGUUUUACUACAAUCAUCUCAGCCAACGUUUAGUUGUUUUAGUAGAAACAGAACAAAAGUGUGAAGUAUUCGCUUUGAUUCGUACUUGACAUGCAGUCUGUGUGUGAAUGCAUCCUGCUCAAAAUUUCAAAUGUGAGUGAAACAAAAGCACCAGUUUUAUGUUGUAGUGUCACUUAUGCCCCUUUUCCACCGAGGCAGUUUGAGUGCUGGUUCGGAGCUUAAUUUAGAACCGGUUCUUUCUUUUUCGACAGCCAAAGCACCGGCUCUGAACCAGGAAAUGUGGUUCUUAAGUAGCACCAAAACGUUGCUGGUCUACACUUAAGAACUGCUUGUGUCAGGGGCUGUGGGCGGGGCUACUGUUAGCGCCUGUGGCCAGGGCUACUGUUAGCGCAUUUGAUAAUAUACCAAUGUUUAAUACACUUUUACUUUACCGCAAUAUGAUACAUUAUCAGCACACAUGAUAGUAGGUAGCUACAUGCUAAGGCUAACUUUUUUCUGUGUUAAUGAUAAAAUAACGUUAUGUACUUUCUCGAUUACAACCUCCGUUUAUACAGAUUACAUGGAGCUGCAUGUACACGUUGGAUUCACCGCGUUUGGGUGUUAAUGUAGGUUCACAAAACCAUGAGCAUUAACAGUAAAACUACAUCCGCCAUUGUUGAUGUUGUGUUUGUGUUUGUCGCUGCUGUGCUAACGUUGCUGUGUAACGUGACACGUAUACAGUGACGUCAGACUCGGCUCUGUGAUGCUCUCUAACCGAUGGAAAGGCAAACCGGUUCUUAGAAGGUUCGCCAGUGGAACCAACUUUGAACCAGCACCAGUUCUAGCUCUGAACCAGCACCCGGUUCUUUUUGGUGGAAAAGGGGAAAUAGUGUUGUUUAAACGCUAACUCUGGUGUCAGGAUGGUCUAAAGAGCUGUUUUUGGAAGGAUAAUCAAUCCGUGAAAUGUUUUAUAUGAUUUAAAAUUAAAUCGCCUAACAAGGAAAAGGAAUCAUGAAUGGCUAAUAUUUUAGCUGGUCAGUGCACAAAAUAUCCUUUGAUCCAGUUAAUCUAGUAAUAUAGCCAUUUUAACCAAAGAAUAUUUAACUCCUCACAGAUAAUGAUAAAUUAUUAGCACACUCAGAACACACACAUGAACGUCAGAUAUUUCAUCAACAGGAGAGCACAAGCUUAUUUGGUUUUAUUUUGGGACGGGAGAUUGCAUAGAUGAGUGGCUUGGUUGCGUUGUUGUUGAUAUCUUUUUUUCCCUUUACUCCCACCUGAAUACUGUAGUGUUGUGAUUUUGCAUCAGUAAUCUCCGCUGUAAUAACAUGUCGUCACUUGACCGGAUAUUUAUCUCUGUAUCCUAUGAAACAGUGUUCCAGUGGUUUCUGCAUGACCGUGAAUAAACACAGUCCCUGUUUUUA